AUGCCGAUCGAAUUUGUUUGCAAAAUCAAAUUUGCAGAGGAGGAUGAGAAGCAGAAAGGCAAGCAGGAUGGGGACAAGGAGAGCCUGAUUGAGGAGAGCUGCACACCUCCAGCUAAGGACCUGGUCGGCUUCGCCAACUCCAGCUCUCUCCACGGGAUUAACCACAUCUUUGUCUCGGGGCGCCUGGGCAUUAGGCAGACCCUCUGGGCACUUGCCUUUUUGGCUUCUCUGGCACUCUUCCUGUACCAGGCAGCAAAGUGUGCCAUCUCUUACCUGGAGCAUCCCCACGUCACCGCUCUGAAUGAGGAAGCGAGCCCUGAGAUGGUCUUUCCCGCUGUGACCAUCUGCAACAUCAACCGCUUCCGCUUCUCCGCUCUCACCGACGCCGACAUCUACCACCUGGCUAACCUCACAGGUCUACCGCCAAAAAACCGGGAUGGCCACAAGCCCACUGAUUUGGACUAUCCUGCACCGGACAUGCAGGACAUCUUCAACCGGACAGGACAUCAGCUGGAAGAGAUGCUGAAGAGCUGCAACUUCAGUGGACAGAACUGCUCUGCUGAGGACUUCUCUGUGGUCUACACCAGAUAUGGAAAAUGUUAUACUUUCAACGGGAACAAGUCGACAUCCAGGAAAACCAAGCAAGGUGGAAUGGGAAAUGGCCUGGAGAUUAUGUUGGAUAUUCAACAGGACGAGUAUCUCCCCAUCUGGAAAGAGACAAAUGAGACGUCGUUAGAGGCAGGGAUCCGCGUGCAGAUCCACAGCCAGGAUGAGCCUCCCUACAUCCACCAGCUGGGCUUCGGAGUCUCCCCGGGAUUCCAGACCUUUGUUUCAUGUCAGGAACAAAGGCUGACCUACCUGCCCCAGCCCUGGGGGAACUGCCGCUCCACCAGUGACCAGAUGAUCCCGGGAUACGACACCUACAGCAUCAGUGCCUGCCGCCUGCGCUGCGAAACUAAGGAGGUGCUCCGGGAGUGCAACUGCAGGAUGGUGCACAUGCCCGGAACUGCCGAUAUCUGCACUCCCAGUAACAUCAAGUGUGUUGACAAGGCGCUUGCCCUUCUCCAGAAGAGCACUGGGGACACCUGUCCCUGUGAGACACCAUGUAACCUGACCCGCUACGGCAAGGAGCUCUCCAUGGUCAAGAUCCCCAGCAAAGGCUCCGCUCGCUACCUGUCCAGGAAAUACGACAAGUCUGAGGAAUAUAUCAGAGACAACUUUCUGGUGUUGGACAUCUUCUUUGAGGCUCUUAACUAUGAAACAAUUGAACAAAAAAAAGCAUACGAUGUUGCAGGUUUACUAGGUGACAUUGGAGGCCAGAUGGGCUUGUUCAUUGGAGCCAGUAUUUUGACAAUCUUAGAAAUUUUGGAUUAUGUUUACGAGGUGAUCAAGCACAGGCUGCAGCGUCUGCUGAGGCCACAGAAGGAUGAGAAGAAACAACAGACGACCACUGUUGCAACUGUGGAUCUGCAAGAUAUGAAAGCCAGUAAGGAGUCCAGUGAUAUGACCAUGACCAGAAGUCAUCCUGAAGGAGCUUACGCCAAUACGAUUCUACCGAACCACCAUCUCCCCCACCACCAAGGACAGCCACAUGGAGUGUUUGAGGACUUUGCCUGCUAA